UCGAAUGGGCGAAGGUGGUGAAGUCACUAAUCGACAAAUACACACAGCAAAUUGCGAAACGCCAACUCAAAACAAAGACAAGAGGAGAGAAGACCAUCUACGUUAAAGCAGACACUCACGACGACACUAACAAAUAUUACGUCAAAUCAAACAAGUAUACAAAUAAAAAACUCACGAAGAGUUCUACAUAUGCCGCAGACACUGAUACUUUUAAACAAAAGUUUAACCCGCAAUGUUCUUACAACCAAAAGUCUGAAUUUGCAUCGGAUGCGAACCAAUCAUGGGCUAUUAGGAAGCAGUUCGGAAAUAUAUUCUGUAGUGGCAUAGCAAAAUGUAUAGCUGCUGCCAUACCUGUAUAUAAAGGAGAAAUUGUACAAGACGAAUACCAAGAAUACGUAAACCCUUUCCCAGAGAUAUACCAGCCCAUCGAUUCGCCUCCGUCACCAGCCCCACUUGAUAGAGAUUUGAACAUAAAACUAAAGGCAUAUUAUAUUAAAAAUAAUGACAAAUUAGAUGAAAUCUUUGAUGAAACAUACUCUGAGGUGUUACAGUAUAUAUUAGGUGAUUAUUCGCCUACAAACACAUUAAAGACUUCAAGCGGAAAAGACAAAGUUACAAAGCAAGCAGCAAAUGAACCAAAUAUGGCAGAACUCGUUGAAGAAGACCGCAAGCUUAUUAUAGAGUUCUGUCACUUGCUGGAUAAAGCAAAACAAUUAUUUAACGGUCUUAGGGAACUUCCCCAGUACGGUCAUAAGCAGUGGCACUCCUACUUUGGCCGUACUUUUGACGUGUAUACAAAGCUUUGGAAGUUCCAACAACAACAUAGAGCGGUCUUGGAUAGUAAAUAUGGCCUUAAAAGAUGGCAAAUAGGAGAGAUUGCGUCCAAAAUAGGACAACUCUACUACCAUUUCUAUUUACGGACAAGUGAAUGUGCGUAUUUAAAUGAAGCAUUCUCGUUCUACUCUGCGAUUCGUGGCCGAAGUUAUUAUACGAAGGCUUGUAAAGAAGACAAGUGUGAACUAAUAGUAAAGAAGUUACGGUAUUAUGCGCGAUUCAUAGUAGUCUGCUUGCUAUUGAAAAAAAUCAAAUUAGUCAGAGAACUCAUCAAAGAGUUGGAACGGCAGAUUGCGGAGUAUGGAAAUACGUACGACCCUGACGAUCAGGUCGAAUGGACAUUGGUCGUGGAUGAAGUAAAGGCUUUCAUACAAGCUGAACAAGUCGUAACAAUCCUUCACCCAGACAAUUACGCUGUAGUCCUUUCACACAGGCUCGGGUCAGAUUCAGUCCCGUCGAUUGAAAGAAGCUCUCAAAUGGCAUACAACCUACAAGAGGCGAUGAUCAUCGGAAAUCGCAAAUACCAAGUAAAAUUUUCCGAACUAGCCAUUGACAUGUUCCGAAUCAUUCAGACAUUGGAGCGGGAUCCAAUUGAGAAUGCUCAACAUAUUUACGAUGAGUCACCAAGGCAGCGUUUUGCGUCGACACCAAAUGCACCAACUACAAAAGGAUACCUGGAAGAGGCUUCGCGUCGUGAAUCAGCCAACCCUCACAAAAUCUUACUGUACAAGCCAGCAGCUAAUCAGGCUUUGGUAUACAUUGGUAGCGGAGUAUUAGAUCUUCUCCCAAACGGCGCCCUUCUUCUGUAUAUCUCCGGGGACGGCUACACGUGUUCCACACCACGCUCGUCGGAACCAGGUUACGAUAUGGGUGGUGUGAUUACUACUUAUAAGAGCGACACUUACCGAGAUGGUAAAGACCAGAAGUCUCAGACAAAGUAUAAAGAGGUCCAGUGCAUAUAUCCUGGAGACCUCUUCCAAUUCAGUCGAUCGCCAAUGUUUAUAAUCAUUGAUUCGGACAAUUCCUUUGCAUUUGCGAACAUGCCGAAAAUUUUCGGAUAUCCACAAGUAACGCUAAUGUCACCUAUUGAAUUACCUGUUCCUUAUCAAGAUCACAAACAUCAAGGCAGUCUGUUUACCCUGUUUUUGCACGCGCCCCUCAUAGCAUUUUGCUACAUUUGCGAAAUCCGCAGUACCUCGCUGGCACAUUGGGAGCGAGCACUAAUAUUUAUUGACAACUUCAUGAUCGAUGCCCUUAACAUACUGAUGAGGAACAGGCCGGAUCUCAACUAUGUGGCAUUCAUCGGAGAUGACUUCAUGAGGCUGUUAAUACUGCGUUAUAUAUUUUGCGACACGACGCUGCGCCUGCACCGCGCGUUCCGGCCGCGGAACACUCAGCCCCGUUGCUCGCCGCCUCUCCCUGAUGAACUGAUUGAUCAUCCUGCCCUCACUGGCAUUGUAUUAGACAUUGCUAAUCAUUUCCAGGUUAGAUAAAGUACCUAAAUAUUUUUGUUUUAAUUUUAAGUGAAUUAAUCGCUCUUGUUUUACGUGUAUGCUACGCGAAAGCUGGGAACGUGUCUGCUGAAUGCGAAUUUGUUUGCUACUUCCACCGAAUUGUUCUGAUAAUCUUGUUCUUUUAGAUUAAGAGUUCAGCA